CUUUAAAAUAAAAAGGCUGUAUUGAUAGUGAUGGGAAAGAGAAAGAACGCCAAGAGUCACAAGACAAAGGCUCAUGAGUCUAAAUCUACCGGGACAAAUCAAACCCCACCAAUUCCAAAACUUAAAGAAGUAGGAGGAGAAGAUGAUGAUGAAGGCGAUAACGCGUUAACCACCACAACAACCGGAUCUGAGUUCCAUUUAUUGGAAGAUCUCAAGGUUAAAAGAAGUCUUUAUCAAACCCGUAGGGCGGUAUUUGCUCUUGGGGCCUUGCUAGGUCUUUUGAUCACCGUCUUUUUCACAACAAACAAUCAAAAAUCACUUCUGUUGGAACUUGAUAAAUUGGUUAAUUUUGAUAGUGUUAGUGGAUUUCUCGAUGAUUGGAAAGAUGUUCUCCCAACGGGGAUCCAAUCCAUGAUUUCUGAUUUUGAUAUGAGUUCUGCAGCCAAGGAAGAAGGUCAACUUCAUGGAUCUGCAGAUUCAUUUUCUGUUGGAAGAAGAAUGCUUGUGAAUUAUAAUCUUACCAGUAAAUACAAUGUAGUGAUGGUUCCAGGAGUUAUUUCCACCGGGUUAGAGUCUUGGGGGUUGGAUAAUCCAAACGUUGAAACUAAUAGUACUACCUCUGAAUGUCUGCUGGAACCAUUUUUCCGUAAAAGACUUUGGGGGUCAUUCUUUAUGCUUCGUUCAAUGAUUUUGGAUAAGGCAUGUUGGUUGAAACAUAUCAUGCUUGAUGAAGAAACUGGAUUAGAUCCUCCAGGAAUUAAAAUUAGAGCAGCCCAAGGAUUUGAAGCUGCAGAUUUCUUCCUUGCUGGAUACUGGAUUUGGAAUAAAAUCUUACAAAACUUAGCAGUCAUUGGAUAUGGUCCAAAUAAUAUGGUUUCUGCAUCGUAUGAUUGGAGAUUAGCGUAUUUAGAUCUUCAAAAAAGAGAUGGAUAUUUCACAAAAUUGAAACAACUGAUUGAAAUGAUGAAGGAAUUAAAUGGUCAACAAACUAUUUUAGUUGGUCAUUCUAUGGGAUCUCAAGUUAUGUUUUAUUUCAUGAAAUGGGCCGAGGCAAAGGGUGAAUUUUAUGGGAAUGGUGGGCCAAACUGGUGUAAUGAUCAUUUGGCUGCAUAUGUUGAUAUUUCUGGUAGUUCAUUGGGUACACCAAAGGCAAUUACUGCUUUACUUAGUGGGGAAAUGAAAGAUACAGUUCAAUUGAAUGCAUUGGCAGUUUAUGGAUUGGAAAAGUUCUUUAGUCGUAAGGAAAGACUUGACAUGUUAAGAACAUUUGGUGGGAUUCCUAGUAUGCUUCCAAAGGGAGGAGACACCAUUUGGGGGAACUUGACUCAUGCACCAGAUGAUCCAAUUAAUACCCUUUCAACUGAUAAUGAGAAAAUUGAAAAGCAAGAUAUGGAAAAUAUUUCAUCAGAAAAGCGAAAGGAAGAUUCAUUUGGAACAUUUAUUCGUUUUAGACCUGAAAGUUAUGAUGUUAAAAAUGGAGAGGGCCAUAAGGAUGAAUCUCCUAAAAACUUGACUAUUAACGAUAGUAUUGAUUUCCUUCUUGACCAAUCGCCAGCAUGGUUCUCUAAAAGAGUUAAGGAACAAUAUUCGUUUGGUAUUGCCAAGACCAAAUCAGAAUUGGCUGCAAAUGACCAUGACCAUUCCAAAUGGUCUAACCCAUUGGAAGCUAGGUUACCUAAUGCCCCCAACAUGAAGAUCUUUUGUUUCUAUGGGGUGGGAAAUCCUACUGAAAGAGCAUAUGCAUACCAACGUGCUGACAAGGGUAGUAAACUUGGAUAUAUUAUUGAUACAGAUUCUGAGAAUCCAGUAUAUUUUGGAGAUGGUGAUGGUACUGUUUCGUUACUUACACAUUCAAUUUGUCAUGAAUGGCAAAAGGGGAGCAAAUCCAGAUUCAACCCAGCAAACUCAACUGUAACUAUUGUUGAGAUUAAGCAUGAACCAGAUCGGUUUGAUAUCAGAGGUGGUGCUAAGACUGCUGAACAUGUGGAUAUCUUAGGAUCUGCUGAACUCAAUGAAUUAGUCUUAAGAGUUGCUCUGGGACAAGGAGACUCCAUUGAAAAUAGAUAUGUGAGUGAGUUACAAGAUAUAGUGAGUAAAAUUGAAAUAUAGUGUACUAUAAAGUACUUGAU